UAUUUUGCUAGACAUAAUUAAUUGAUUAAGAUUGUCAUUAACUAGUUAAAAUUAUGGAGAAUUCUCAAUUAGUUGAAAAAAUUGGAGUUUAUUUGAAUUCAGAAUUGGUAGAGAAAAUUGGGGUUGUUUCUGUUUGUUUUAUUUUAUCAUAUUUGUUGAUCAAACAUAUUUGGAGCUCCGUGAAGAUGGAGAAAGAGCCUACUAGGGUUCUUGUUACUGGUGCUGCAGGACAAAUUGGGUACGCGCUGGUGCCUAUGAUCGCGAGAGGGCUGAUGCUUGGUCCUGAGCAGCCUGUUAUUCUCCAUUUGCUCGACAUUGAACCAGCUGCAGAGGCCUUAAACGGUGUCAAAAUGGAACUAAUUGAUGCUGCCUUUCCUCUCCUCAAAGACGUGAUAGCCACUACCGAUGUUGUGGAAGCCUGUGAAGGUGUCAACAUUGCGAUAAUGCUUGGCGGGUUUCCUAGAAAGGAAGGGAUGGAAAGGAAGGAAGUGAUGUCAAAGAAUAUAUCCAUUUAUAAAGCUCAGGCUACAGCCCUUGAACUAAAUGCUGCUGAUAAUUGCAAGGUGUUGGUGGUUGCAAACCCUGCUAAUACAAAUGCACUCAUUUUAAAGGAAUUUGCACCUUCGAUUCCUGAAAACAACAUUACAUGCCUUACAAUGCUUGAUCAUAACAGAGCAAUUGCUCAAAUUGCUGACAAGUUAAAUGUUCAUGUUAGUGAUGUGAAGAAUGUCAUCAUAUGGGGAAAUCAUUCCUCAACACUAUAUCCAGAUGUUAAUCACGCGACAGUCACUUCAACCGAUGGAAAGAAGCUUGUUCGAGAACUUGUAGCUAAUGAUCAUUGGGUAAACAAAGAACUAGUCAGUAGAGUACAGCAGAGGGGUGCAGCUAUAAUCAAGGCACGGAAACUAUCAAGUGCAUUGUCAGCUGCAAGUGCAGCUUGUGACCAUGUAUGCACUUGGGUGCUUGGAACCAAAAAGGGAACGUGGGUUUCGAUGGGAGUGUACUCCGAUGGCUCUUAUGGUAUCCAACCCGGUCUUAUCUACUCCUUCCCUGUAACUUGCAAGAAUGGGGAAUGGUCUAUAGUGCAGGGGCUGAAGAUCGAUGAAUUUUCGAGAGAGAAGAUGGAUGCAACAGAGAAAGAACUCAUUGAGGAGAAACAAGUGGCAUAUUCUUGCCUUAACUCCUCGGCUUAGCUCAAGUUGUCAUUUUAAGCAAUGAUAUAGUUCAAGCUGUCAAGUUUGGUGACUUGGUGUGGUGUACAUAUUUCAUGUUAGUUACUAGUACUUAAUUUAGCUCAUACAUUUCACCUUGUCUUGGAUUUAAGAUUAAGAGAACUAAUAAUAACCGCUCGAUCGGUUCAUUUCAGAUUAUAAUUGUUCAUAGUUCAUCAUGACCCGAUUUAAGCUUAAUUUAUUGGUGAAA